AUGACACAACUUGCCUCUGAGAUAUAUUGUUGUGCCCCUUCUCCAAUUACUAGGAUGCAACCAGGGCCAGCUAAUCAAACCAGAAGUUUCAGGGAUGAGGAGGCAAAGUUUAAGCUGUGUAAGGUUCGAUCAGUACAGUUUGGACAGAAGGGCAUUCCAUACCUGAAUACCUAUGAUGGUCGUACCAUUCGUUACCCAGACCCACUCAUCAAGGCCAAUGACACCAUCAAACUUGACCUGAAGAACAACAAGAUUAUUGAAUUCAUCAAGUUUGAUGUUGGGAAUGUUGUCAUGGUGACUGGGGGAAGGAACAGAGGUUGGGUUGGAGUAAUCAAGAAUAGAGAGAAACAUAAGGGAAGCUUUGAGACCAUCCAUGUCCAAGAUGCCACAGGUCAUGAGUUUGCUACUCGUCUUGGUAAUGUCUUCAUCAUUGGAAAAGGUGCAAAGCCCUGGGUGUCUCUUCCAAAGGGCAAAGGUAUCAAGUUGUCAGUUAUAGAGGAACAAAGGAAAAGGAUUGCUGCCCAGGCGGCUACUACUGCCUAAUUUUUCUACUAUUAGCGUCUUUGGGAGGGUAACAUUUUACUUGCAAAACUAGUAUUAAGAUGUUGCAAUUUUUGAGUUGGGUUUAAUGUUUUAUUUGUCUUGUUUAGU